AUGGCUGACCUGGCAGCUGCAUAUGGUGUUUUCAUCAGCUAUUGCGGCGAUGUUAGAAGGGACUUUGCUGUCAUGCUGAGAGCGGAGCUGGAGAGGGUUGGAGUCCAUUGUUUUCUGGAUGUUUCCAGCCUGAUGCCUGGGGACAAUGUUGACGAGCGGUUGCUGUUUGCAAUGCAGACGGCUUCAAUUGGCAUUGUCAUUCUCUCGCCUCGUUUCUUUGAGGGGGAGUGGUGCAUGAUGGAAUUGCACACAUUUAUGACCAGGGGAAACGCAGUCCCAGUUUUCUUCGCGUCACUUGAGGACUUGAAGGAAGCCCGAAAUAAAGCAGUGGCGGAUCGCAUAUGGGAAAGGUUUGGACGGAGAUUUGGAGAGAUCACAGAAGAGCAGUACUUAGGGGCUGUUGAUGGGGUGCUGAGAACCACUGGACUCAGGCUGGAAGCGCUUGAUGGUUGGUGGGAUGAGUGCGUUGAAAAAAUUGUCCCUGUGGUGUUGAGAAAGCUUGACAGCAGUGCACGGUUAUCAAACCACGAGCAGCUCAUAGGCUGUCACGAGCAUCUGAGCAAUCUCAAGAGGCUGCUGGGAGUACCAAGUGCCGGGGUGUCCAAAGGAGCGGAGGCAACGUCCAAGGAAACCCUCCUGGUUGAGAUCACGGGCAUGGGUGGAGUUGGCAAAACGGCCUUGGCAAAAAAGUUGUACGACGAGGGGGAUGUCAGAAAGUGGUUCGGCGGGAAUGUGUGCUUCGUGUUCGUCGGUGGAAAGAGCACAUGCAGCCGCCAGGAGCAGAUUCUUCGGGAGCUCUGCGACGUAGAUGUCAGUAUCGAGAACCCUAUGGCUGGUAGAGCGGCGAUCAAGGAGAAGCUCCAUCGCAGAAAAGUGUUUCUUUGCUUGGACGAUGUGACAAACGCAACAGAGGUGGUUCGGGUGGAGGAUCUAGGGCCGGGCAGCCGGGUUGUGACCACGAGUCGGAGCAAGGAAGCCAUAUCCAGCCUCGAGUACAAAGUAGAGCUGCUGGACUCCGACGCUUCCUGGAAGCUGUUUUGCUGGCAUGCUUUUGGUGGCAAGAAUCCUCCUGAGGACUUGGCUCUCCUGUGUUCAGAAGUCAUGAAUUUAUGUAAAGGCUUGCCCUUGGCCAUCAAGGUUUUAGCCCGGCAACUGAUGGCAGCAGAAGAUCAUCACAAGCGUCGCCUUUUAGAGGAAAUUUUGAGACCUCGGGUUGAGGAGACCCGUCAAGAAGCAUCAGACCUUCUUUGGGGUGGCUACAAAGCUCUGGAGCCGGCCGCGCUGCAAGACAGUCUUGUGCUCCUUGCUGGCAUGUGGCCUAACUCCCGGGAGUUCAGGGAGUGCGAAAGUGUUGUGAGGAGUCUUGCGGCUGCUGUCUAUGGGGAGGAGCCAGACGCGCGUUUGCGGCUGGAGGCGGCUAGGAGGGCCCUCAAAAGCCUUGUUGAUAGAGGACUGAUCCAGCUGGGUGGACAGAAAGACUCGCCUUGGGUCACUGUUCACGAUCUUGUACAGGAGGUUGCCCUGCGUGCCAUAAAGGAAAGCAUGCGGUUUUGCCGCAUAGAGAAGGUGGCCAGUGCUCUUCCCCCUCAGCAACUGGGCGAAUUGGGAGCGGAGCACGUAGUGCUAGAGCUGGGUCCUUCUGAACGACUCUCAGAGAGCUUCUUUGCUACAGUUUCUAGCACCAAGUCUUAUGUCCUGUUUGGCGGCCCAGGGGGCCACGUUCAAUUGCCGAAGUUGCUCAAGCCUGGCCUGAUCGGCUGUAGGCUCUUGAGCAUUGGGGGUCUCCAAGGUAGUGCCUUUGGGGUCCUGGACCUGCUUACGCCGAUUGUUGGCCACGAGCUGGGCGAACAGUUUGCGCCUGGUGGAGCGGACCGGGGAUGGAAAGCUGGCCGGACGGACGACCUCAUCAAGGCCCUCGAGAGCAAGGGCAUCCUCUUCCACGACCUCCUCGACCUGCUGCCGGCAAUUCGGAAGCUGUCGGAAGAGGGCUUCCGAGCCCCCGCAGACGAGCUAAAACAGUACGUCCUAUACCUGCUCCGGAGUUUCGGACUUGCGUACCCAAGCCGGGACGACAGCUUCGACUACGUGCCCAUGCGGUGCCAGGACCAGACGCCGGCCGACCUCUUCGGGGUGGGCUUCCCGCGGGCUCCGAUGGCUGCAGAACCCCCGUCCGCCCAGCUCUUCGGAAAGCGGGUGCACUUCGAGUUUGGGGUUCCGGAAGGGUUUGCCGAGAACGUAGUUGUUAGUCUUCAAACCCAGCUGGUUCACCACUUCGGCGGGGAGGGCCUGCCCUGCAUCGUGCAGCAGUGGGAGCACGGCACGCUGUUCCAGGCCUGCGUCCGGCCAGGGGGGGCGGCCGACAACCACAACGGAGCCCGGAUCCGGAUCCUGCUGCGCGUUCCUCAGGAGGGGGGUGCGCGGGACGUGUUCGAGCUCUUGUGGAUGCUGUCGGAACCGGGCGAAGCUGGCAGCCCAACCUUCGUCGCAAGCGAGGAGCUGGCAGCCCACGUCAACCGCUGGCUAAGCCACUUCUUGGAAGAGAAGGUCGUUGGCCUGGUGUCAGAGGUCUUCUGCCCGUACCUCGUGCCGCUGUACGAGGAGCUCGUUGGCUGCAAAGGGCAGGUUUUGGACUCCGAACCGGCGACGAACGGGGAGUUGGGCGGUCACAGCGCUGCCGGGAGCUUGGAGGAGAUGUCGUUGGAAGGGAUGUACACGUGGCAAAGAGACCAGAGGCUGAGUGCUAGAGCCCGGCAGCUGUCGACGGGGAAAGGUGGACCUGCCUCGCUUUCGGACCGAGAGCCGACUGUGAAGGACGAUUCGCUCGGCUUCGAGGAGUCCCGGAGUUCUCAGAUUGCUCAGGAAUGGGAGCUGGUGCCAGACGAUUUGUUGACCAUGAAGCAGGGGCAACUAAAUGUCUCCUUCACACGGUUGGGAGCCCGGCAGGCCGUCUACUUCAGCCACUUCUUCAGCAACCGGCUGGUCGAGCUGAACGUGUCGAACGCAUCUUUGGGCGGUAUGCACGUCGACCUCACGCCGAACCGCCAGUUGAAGAUCCUCAACGCCGGCUUCAACAACAUCUGCGUCAUCCAGAAAGGCAAUUGGACUCUUCCGGAGUCUCUUGAGAGCCUCUUCCUCUACCGGAACGGGCUCAGCAGUGUUCCCGCGCACGUCUCCAGCCUACCCUCCAUUGCUAAUUUCAACGGUGAUGGUAACGAGCUCGUCAGCUUCCCGGACCUCAACGAAAGCGUCAGGACCCUCUCUCUCAGCCACAAUCGGUUCUCUUCCCUCCCCCAAAAACGUCUUCGACACUUCGGAAAGCUGAGCGUGCUCGACUUGAAGGGAAACUCCCUAAGCAAGCUGCCCUCGGAGAUCGGCCUCCUUGUUGCUCUUGAGCAGCUCCUCCUUAGCCAAAACCACCUCGAAGAGCUCCCUUCUGAGAUCGGAGACCUGCCAUGGCUUCGGGUUCUCGACGUCGCCUACAACCGCCUUCAAACCCUACCGGAGACGGUUGGGCGGUUGACUCAGCUUGAAGAGCUCUUCGUCGGGUAUCAGGGUGUCAGCUUGCGGGCAAAGGGACAGAAUGGACAUCCGGGGGAGAAAGCGGGUGUGUCGUGGGGCCUCGUGGGCGGCACCGUGGCCUUCGCCCUGCCAGAAACGCUUGUCGGAGACGGCCUCAAAAGCCUCCGGGUUCUCGCCAGUCAACGCAACAAGAUGGGCCCGUCCCUGCCCGUCUGGGUCUGCAAGCUGCGGACUCUCGUCGAGCUAGACGUCGAGGACAACAACCUGGAGUUUUUGCCCGACAACGACAGCUUCUUGAGCGGCCUUGUCGCUUCGGGGUCCUGGUCGUGGCGAUCGGCAUAUAUGGUUGGUGGGGGGCAGAAAUCUAGGCUGGCCCUGCCGGCGCUCGAGAUCUUGUGUCUGAGUCGCAACCGCCUCAGGAGUUUUCCGGGGUGGAUCGGGGAGAGCAGGCAAUGCAGGGUCAUUGAAGCGAACGGAAACAUGUUGGAGCGGAUUCCGGUUGAGUUCCACCGCCUCCAUAGGCUGGAAGUUCUGGAACUGGGGGGCAACCAGGAACUGGGGUUCGUCAAGGCCGUACAGGAGGGCCCUCACGCGGUUAGACGUGCCUGCCACCUCAGGCUUGUUCGGGCUAGGGCGUUCUCACUUUCCGCCUCCUUCCUCAUGGCGCUCCUUGCGUUGGUAUUCGCCAGCUCUCUCCCUCGCGCGCUCGGUCAAGGCGAGGCCUCCUGCGCAGCGCCGCGCGCCAGGGGCCACAGCGCGCAUCCCGUCCCGCUUGACCUCCUGUCAGUGGGCCUGCUCUUCGUCCUCGUCUUGCUGGUGCGACUAUGGGAAGCAGUUGGCUGGGUAGCCCUUGGAGUCGCGCCCACCAGCUCCGGUGCCGCUCGCAACGCCGCCUCCAACCAUCCCCCGGAACUGAGAGACGAGGAGGAGGAGUGGCUGUUUCAAACACAAUCGGGGUCUGCCUUUCCGGCCAACGACCCGGAGCUCCAGUCGCCACCGUCAGAGGGCCGGGCCGUUUCGUUGGCGCCAAUUCAGUCCCUGAGCGUCAAGCUUUCAAUCAGCGCAUCGGAACUGGCCCUAGAGGAAAACGGCGCGGCGGAGCUGGCGGCCUUCGAGUUUGACGGUGAGGACGAGCGUUCAGCUGCCAAGAACGACGUCGGGAGCAACGGUGGCGGCAUGCACAAGCAGGGGAAGGAUGCGGACCCCUUAACCAGGACUUCUGCUGGUGGUGGAGACGGAACGCCUUUUGCGUUGGACGAGGGAGCGCGCGGCGAGGAGACGGACCUCCUGCUCGCGGUCGAGAGAGCUCAGGCUGCUCGACGACUUUCCGCACCUGCCCAAAGAGGCGGAGAUGCGGUCAACAUGCAGUCCCCCAGCGAGCCUCAGGAUCCGGAUAUGGGCCACCCUAACGGAUGUGCUCAAGCUUUUGCAAUCCGGCAAGAAGAAGAUGGCUUAAGGUUCGCGGCGCCCAAGAGACUCGCCAUCUUGGAGGGCGGAGGAUGCUGCACCCUGACCGCGUCCGGCCGGGAGGUAUCUAAACGGCUUGCGCGUUCCGGCGAGGCACCAGCUCAGAGCGGUGCUACAAAACCAGAGAAUCGUGCCCAGUCUGACGAUGCCUCAGGGUGCACUAACCGCCGGGCCAGCUUGCAGCAGCUUCACGAUGGAGUCCGCCGGGCUCCGCAGCGCCCGCCCUGCGGCUUGCCUCCCCCCAGUCCUGCCCCGUCCCCUAACCCCGCCGCGAGCCCUUCCCAAGACCCCGGAAAGACGGUAGGGCCACGAUACGUGCGCACUUUCGAGUGGCCGGUUACGCCUGACCAGAAGCCGGUGUGCCCGAAGCUGCACAAGGACGUCGCGAAACAAGGCAGAGUUGUGGAUCGGGUCCUGCAGAAGCCCACUAGGGGGGGCGCUGUCACGGUGUAUUCCACCUGCACCAUCAACCAUCCUGCGGACUUCAAAGAGAUGGGCCAGCCGUUGAAGGUCGUCACAGUGACGUUGAAGGUGUAUUCUCAGCAUCACCGGCUGCCCGAGCUCCUGGGCGAGGACAAAGAGAAAGAUCACGGCUUUUACCAGGAGAAGAUGCGCGUCAACCUGCGGCCGAAAGAUCCUCGGGGGUACAAAAAGCAGCCUGCGGUGCCAAACACCGACGAUUUCCAGCGGCAGGUUGAUCAGACUUGCAAAAAUACACAAGGGAUCGAGGCAAACGGAGUGCUGGAGUUCACGGGGGUGUUUCCUUUCGUGAAAGUCAGCGGCGGCGGUAAACGGACCUCCGCUUCGGAGGCUCUCACUGCGGUCAGGGAGCUGGAGCGACCCAUCGUCGUCCAGGAGGAAGGCGCCGUGAGCAACAAGCAGGAGUUCACUUGGUCAAUCUGCUUGGGCCGAGAGCACGAGCGGUCGGCCCUUCUUGCGAACGGGGAGGUCAAACGAAGGAUAGUCCCGCCUGAGCAGGGCCCUAUCGUGGAGGACUAUUGCACCAACUUAACCGCUGUCUGGCUGGUGAAGGCUUCCGAAGUGGAAAUGCAGCUGGAAGUGGAAGUCGAGAGGACGUUGAAGUACGUGAGAAUCAUGAAGGAUCGGCCGGCGUUUCUCAAGUACUUGGUGAAGGAGAAGAACGUGGGGCUCGAUGUUGUUCAGAAUGGGAUUGCAAUGAUCCGGUGGGGAUUCAAGGCGGGAAGCGGAGACAUGCAAGUAAACAUAUAGGUCGAUAGGUUCCGUAUGAGCACUUUGUGUUAUGUCGGUCGUCCCUUGCGAAGUAUAGUCACGAAUAAGCCGGGUUGGAUGAUCUCGUAGAUUCUCACGCAGUAGCCGCAUUCAUCCGCAAAGCAAGAGUUGUGUUUAUUGUCCCUGGAUGGGAGGCGUAUUUCUAGAUACUUAACGACCUUUUUGUCAUCUUGCAUCCAGGGUGCUGCUAAAGGCUUGAUUUAUUCGGAAACUCGACUUGAUUUAACUUAGUUGCUGACAAGAUUGACAUGCUUAGAAAGAAGCCAAGUUGGUAGCAAAAGUUGACAUCAUCCAACCAUUGC